CAGGCAUGAGUCCCGGGCCGGGCUCACCUGCGGGGCUGCAGAGGCGGGGAGCAGAGCCGCCCCCUCGCUGCCCUCCCCUGCCCCUCCCCUGCCCCUCCCCUGCCUGCCCUUCUCUUGUGACUUGCAGUGCGUCCAGCCGGACUGGAGGAGGCCCUCGGGUGCCCGGAUGUCGAUCAAAAUUAGCGCAGGGCUGAGCUAGCAAGGUGGGCGGCUGGCCUCGCGGAGCUGCCUUUGGGGCGAGGGCAGGAGCUGCCGCGCCCGGUCUUUCCCGGGCGGCCGGAGGUCGGCAAAUGGCCGGGAAGUUUCUGGGGGGUGGGGGGUAGGGAAGGGCCAAAAGUCCGCUGAUGGCCAGGAGACGCCCGGCUUGCUAAGCUUCACUAUGGCUGCCCAGUCAAGCUUGUACAAUGAAGAGAGAAAUUUGCUCCGUAUCCAAGCAAAAGAAAGAAGAAAUCAGGAAGCGCACCAGGAAAGAGAAGCAUUCCCUGCAGAUAUCCCCCUUUUUGGAGAGCCUUACAAGAUUAGCAAAGCAGAUGAACUGUCUAGCCGAAUUCAGAAAAUGUUUGGCAAUUAUGAAGAAAUGAAAGAGCUCAUCGUCAACCAGUUCCAUCAAAAUUUCAUAGGGAUUCCUACAAGCGUCAUGCCUCUGAUCCCCCCACAUAAGUUAGAUCGCCCACUCUUUCCUGAAAAGACUGGCACCCCAUUCCAGAACAACAGCCACAAACACGUGGGACCUCUUAGUUCAGAUGUUCCUUCUGUGGGCAGCUCCUACCCAAAAAUUCACUCAAGAGUUGAACCAGCCUCACAAAGUGCUGGAUUGUCUAGCUAUCAGAAGCCAGGUCUAGAGAAGAGCUGCAAGACUGAAGAACUCCAAAGUGGUAGAUGUCAGCAGAAAAGUAAAAAAUACACUGAAAAAGAUACUGCGCGUGAGGCACAACCCUCACUUAUGGAACUUUCUCCCUUAUUGUCUACAUUGUCUUCUCCUGUACCACCUCUGUCCCCUCUACAUUCCGGCCAGUGUGUCAGUUCCAGAUCCCACAGCAGUAAGAUUGAAAACCACGGGCAAAGUAGUCAGGAGCUGGUGACCAGCACACAUGAUAAUGAAAAUGAGGACACCUUGACUGCUACUGUAGCUGUCAAUGCCCAGCCUUCCAGCCAGACAUUUCCCUCAUCCUUAUCAAAAACCAGUGCAAUACAACAGAAACCCACUGCCUAUGUUAGACCAAUGGAUGGCCAAGACCAGGCUCCAGAUGAGUCACCCGAACUCAAGCCACUACCAGAGGAAUACCAUGAACAGUCCUAUGGAAAAAUAACAAAUUUAAAAGCCAACACCAAGACCAACUUGCCCAAACUGAAAAUACCUGCGGAACCAAUUGAGCAGUCUUACUCCAAUGAAGCCCAUUGUGUUGAAGAAAUUUUGAAGGAAAUGACCCAUUCAUGGCCACCUCCUUUGACAGCCAUCCAUACUCCUAGCACAGCUGAACCUUCAAAGUUUCCAUUUCCUGUAAAGGAAACCCAGCAGUCUGGAUCAGUAAUUCAGAGCCACAAGCAGUAUGAUGUGCCUUUGAAGACUUUGUCUGUUUCUCAGCAAGGAACAUCAACACUGCAUAAAGAUCUAGAGAUCAGUGACAGUGAAGACUGCGAUGAUGACCAAGUUUCUGAUAAACCGUCUUCCUCCUCAACGCCUCCAAGUGCCCCACAAUCGCAGCCUGACAGUGUGGCGUUGGCUCAUUCCAGCAGUCCGGAAUCUGAGAGCGCAAGUGACUCAGACAGUUCCUCUGAUUCUGAGUCCGAGAGCAGCUCUAGUGACAGCGAAGGAACUGACCCGCCAACGAGAGUCGCUACACCUGAGCCUGAUCCACAAACAUCCAACAGAUGUUGGCAGCUGAACAACUGGCUGAUCAAAGUAAAUCAGCCAGUAUCUCCCACAGAGAGUUUCCUGGAGGAUGACCAUAGUAGAGGCAGUGUCCAGGAGGGCAAAGGACAAGGAAAAACUGUCAGCACUAGUAGUGGCAAUGGAGGCAAAAGGGAAUGUCAAAUGACAGAUGGUCACUCCAGAACUGGCAGCAAAGUGUCUCGGUCAAGUCAGGAUGUACAUCUCCCUACCAAACGGAAUUACCAAAAGUCUCCUGUGGCCCCACAGGAGCCACUCCACCAGACUGUGGGCAUCUGUAAGCAACCCAGGAAAUCCAGCAAAGCCACAGUACAGGAGGAACCAAAGAGAGGUCUGACAGUUGAAAGUGAGCCACCUGGACCAUACGGGGCAAAGGACCAGUCUUCCAAAGACAAACCUAAGGUGAAAACGAAAGGGAGGCCGAAAUCUGACGAUAAGAAGGAAUUGAAACCAACUGCACCAGAAAUCGCUGAGAAGAAGAAGCACAAGGGCUUGCACCAAACUCUUAAAACAUUAUUUGCCCAUGAUGAUGCAAAAGAAGAUGUGGCUGGUGGUGCCGAGGAACAAUUGCCCCUCAGUCCUCUCAGUGAAAGCCCAAGGGUGAUUGCUACCAGUAGAACUAAUGGCUCCAAGGUAUCUGUUACAGUCAAGGAGGAACUUCAGAGGGACAAAUUUCUUUUGCCUAUCAGGGAUAAGAAGUUGCUGUCACCCUUGAGGGAAUGCCCUGUCCCACCAGGGCUUGUGGUUAAAAUUGAGCUUGCUGUUCUCUCACGGAUCCCUCAGCCACCUGGAAAGGGGCUUUUCCCUAAAAAACAUGAACUUAAAGAGAGCCAUGGUACGAAAAAGCAGGGCAUCGACAAGAGAAGCACAGAAAUGCCAAGCAAAACUCUCCAAAAGAGAAAGCAGGAAGAUGCACUAAGAAAUGAUCAGAAGAAAGUCAAGCUGGAUAAAGAAACCAAAUCUUCCUCAUCUUUAGGCCAUAGAGAUUCCAGUAAGACCAAGAUGUCAAAGCUCUCAGUAACAGAGAUGCAAAGGAAAGAGAUGCCACUGCCGAUGCCACCACCGCUGUCUUCCAUGCAGCCUGCUCAGAAGCCAGCCAAGACAGCCCAGAAGAGGCCAAAGAAUGAAAGCGAUGCCUGCUAUCAAGUUCCUGGUCCCAGUAUCAGCACUGCCAAGAGUGAAGAGAGCCACAAGGAGACUUCAUCCUCCAAGCACAGGAAACUGGAGGGGAAACCUUUGGAAAGCUCCAAAAGUGAUAAAGGCUCUGCAGAUGAUGUUCCAAACCCCUUCCCAGUGCCUUCUUUGCCAAAUGGUACCUCCAAGCCAAUGAAACCUCGAAGACAACAUCCAGUGGAAUUUCACUUAAAGGAAGCCAAAAGGUUGAAGCACAAAGCUGAUGCAAUGACAGACAAAGUUGGAAAGGCCUUCAAGUACUUGGAUGCUGCCCUGUCCUUUAUUGAGUGUGGCAUUGCAAUGGAAUCAGACCCCCUCUCACCAAAGCCAGCCUAUACCAUGUUUGCAGAGACCAUAGACCUCAUUAAAUUCAUAAUGACGUUAAAAUCCUUUGCGGACUCUUCAACAACCACACAAGAAAAAAUCUUCAUUGUGUUUUGCAUGCGCUGCCAAGCCAUUCUGUACAUGGCAAUGUUUCGCUAUAAAAAGGACACAGCAAUAAAGUAUUCCCGGACUCUUAAUGAACAUUUCAAGAGUUCUUCUAGAAUUGCCCAAGCACCUUCUCCAUGUGUUGCAAGGAGCACCGGCACACCUUCUCCUCUUUCCCCAAUGCCCUCUCCGGCUGGCUCAGUCAGCUCCCAGACAGGUUCCAGCGCCAGCAGCUGUGGAAGCAGUGGCCUCGGCUCUUCAGUCAGCGUCCCUCAUUAUAUACCGACCAUCACCUCUUCCUUUGUCAACAUCACUUCUUAUAUUCUGUAUGCCUAUGAUUUCUGGGAACAAGCUGAUCUUUUGGCUAGGAAGAAUAAGAAAUUUUUUUCCAAGCUCAGCGCCGCUGCCUGCUUUCUCUCGUUGAACAGCAGUAUGAUCGAACUAGUACACUACACCCGCCAGGGAUUGCAGUGGCUGAGACUGGAAUCAGACAUGCCUUAAUGGGUGAUUCAAGGUGAGGAAUUUGCCUUGGACUCUUUUGCACUUUGAAAGCCUCAGAAAUAGCCUUGUGGGCUGACUGGUUGGAUUUAAAAAGAAAAAAAAGCAAGCACCUGGAACAAGUUCGAAUGAAGCAUGAUUGAAGGGAACUGGCACCACUGGAAAACUUUUAGGGACUACAUUUCUACUAUGCCAAUGGGCCACUUGGAAGAUAAAGAGUGAAGAAGAGGCCUCAAAGUGGAAGAUGCCUUUCUUUCAAAGGACAAAGUGCAAUUGUCUCCUUUCUCUUUCUCUCUGCCCUUUUCCCUUCAUGGUUUCUUUGUGUCAGUGGUCUAUAAACAUUUCUAGUAAUGAAUAACCAGCAAGAUAAUCAAUCAGUCAGCACACAUGAAGAAGCGCCAGUGAGAAGGACAUCCAUUUCCCAAAGAAUUUUCUGCAACAUCUAAGGAUGCCUCAAUAGCCAGGGGCCCAGUGCAUGAUUCAGAUUUUUCUUUUUUUUCCCAAGUAUAAAUCACCAAUUUAUCUCAUUCCGGCAGGUGGCAGGGCCCAGGAAUCGGGGAGGGAAUUCUUCAGCCAUAAAUUGAACUUUCUGUUAAAGCAAAAACCGUCUUCCUGCCUGUCCCCUUCUCCAUGUGCUGCUAGCGGCCGUUCGUUGCACUAUUUCUUCUGUUCUUCUGGCCCGUAGCAGGCCUAUCCCACUUCCUCUAGUUUGCCUUUCUCUCUCCUUUUCCCCUUCCCUCUUUGUUUUUGUUUUGUUUUGCUAUUUGUGGCAGCAGUGUAGCAGUUUCAGCUGUCAUGGGUGGUGGUUUCGUGAUAUUGCAUCUGGCACAUUGACAAUCUCAUGAAAACAGCUCAGUAGGCCCACAGUGUCAGAAUCAAAUUUGAGCAGAAGACCCAGAGUGUAUGUGAUGUUGGCUCCCUUGCCCCCGGGCUGUCUAAAUUAGGGGUAUGGUUCUGGUUCAUCAAUGGAGUAGCUGUGAUAAAAUGCACUACUGAAGAGGAAGAGGAAGGGGUUGCCACUGCUGCUGUUCAAGAUGCUGCCCCUUUGGAUCUUAGUAGCUCCACACGAGGGGCACAGGGCAAUCACAGGGAAGGGAGAGCACCCUCCAAGAAUCCCCUAGCACUGAAUAAAAGGGGUGGCAUUUGAAGAGGAUUCUUCUACUUACAUGAAGUUUAUUUGGAGAUAUGUAAAGAUUUUUGGGAGGGAGGAGGAACUUUGCAAUGUGCCAUUUCAGUCCACCUUCCCUAAUAUGAUAGUUCAGAUAGUGCCUUGGUUGAUGCAGAAUUUUUCAUUAAUGCUGGCAAGGGGGCUGCCUGGCUCAGUUUAAUGUGAUUCAUUUAAGAGAAUUCUGUUUCCUCAGUAAUAAGAUAGUUUGCUCUGUCAAACUUGGAAAACCCUGUAUCCUCCAAUGUAAGUAAACAAGCAGUUAUGUCUGGUCCACAAACACCUUCCUGCUUCUUUCAUCGAUUUAUAAAAAUCCCCAUUAAUGAGAAUGCUGUAUUUGUUUCCUAUAACCUGAUUAGCAUAAGAAACAAAAGCAUUCUGUUUAAUCUAAAAUAUAUUUUAUUGCUCUCUUUUCACCCAUGCCUUUAAUUUUCCCAUUUGCAUCUGUUAUUGUUUGACUUAAGACAGGCCAGUGGGGGAGUAUCUUCCAGAUAAAUCUUCCUGAUUCUUUCAGGACAGAUUUGGUUUGGUGAUAACGCAGUCCCCACAAAGAAAAAGCAUGAGGAAGCAUAAGGAAAGGAAAAGCUUUGGAGAGUUUCUGGAAAAAACCCACUUCUAUUUUGAAAAACUUUUAAAAAAAAUUUCCUCCAAAGUGUUUAAAUACAAGUUACUUAAUCCUGACGAAGAUAAGGUGGAGAUCUUGGAACCCUACUGAAUUGGUGCAAAACACACACACACACACACACACACGUUUGAGCUGGUGGGCGGUAGAAAGGCUGCUUAGCCUUCUGUCAUACAUUGCCUGCAUCUAAAGCUGCAGUUGGAGAAAGGAUGGUGAAGAGCAGAAGACACUCGCUCCAAUCCUGAUUGCUGUUGGCCAGAGAGCAGAAUCUGCAGACCCCAGGCAGCUCUCAAAUGCUGAGCUUCAUUCCUGUGCAGCAGGCAUCAACAACCUCUUGGGGCCCUAGUACCCUACUCCUAAACUGCUGAAACCUCAUGAAUGUCAGUAAGAUAUUUCAUGAGAUUACUGAGAUCUCAGCUGAGAAUUCCAAAAUUGUGUCAGAUUUUGGGGGAUUCUGGGGUACCUCCUGGUAAAUGUUUUGGCGUCCACCAGCACUACACUGCUGAUCUCUAUUAUACAGGUAUAUACAGGUUCCAUUCAGAAAUAUUUUUUUAACUCACAAAAUUACUGCAAUGAUAUCUCAGGAAUGGGGAAAGUCCAUCAAAAUGUUAGGUUUUCAAUGCAACUGGAUUGGUACCUGUUUUUCCUAGAUAAGGACUUGGUCCCAGUGUGGGAGAGUGGGCUGGUUGCACCCACCUGUCUUAACACACUGACCAGACAUGAAAAAACUGAGUUUUGGGGCCUGAGUGAGAAUCAGGCAAACACUAAAUUUGCUUUGUCUCCCUGUUGCAGAUCACAUACCUCCCUUUCCCCCCAUCAGUCUUUGUAGUCUAAGGACAGAGUUUCCCCUCUAGCCCCUUCUCUCUCUCUUCUGUCCCCUCUUCCGAAUAAUUCCUGAACCAGCUAGAUCCUUUGCUGCUGUUUUUGCUUUGUUAACUAUAUUCUUAUAUAAAGAAUACUCAGUUGUUAAGGGGCCCCACUUCAGCCCACUUAUUGAGCACUUUAUUCAAAAGAUUGUGAUAAUCUGUUGCAUAUCCUCUCCUGCCUAUUCAUUCAAUCCCAGAAUCUCCCAGAGAUUCAGCGACUAAUCUCUGUGCUAAAAAGAAACGAAGCCUGCAGUGCAUUUAUGCUACUGAUUUUAUAUGACAGCUCAUAAAAUGAUAGAAAAAAGAGCAAUAGAGGUUUCAUUUUAUUAAAAAAAAAAAGUUAAAAUCUGGUUCGGUUCAGGAAAGGCUGUAUAAAACCUCUUCCAAAACCAAAGGGGAGUGAAACUUCUCAAUUUUCCAGAGAAGUGAAGAUGAUUCUCCAGUUUGAACAGCAUACUUUCGUGUUCCAUGAUUUUUUUUUUCUUUUUAAUUUUACAUGAAAUUGCAGAGACAGUCCAUUCAUGGGGAUCGGGUUUAGGAACCUUGUUUUCUUCCAUUUUUUUUUUUAACAGACCAACUGAAUUAAUGAUCAGAAUCUACUUCAUCCCUAUUCCAGGCUCUGGUUCCCAGCUGUACAUGUGUGUUCCAUGAAUUUCAGCCAGAGCCAGGGUUCCAGUUCUCCAUCCAAGGAGCAAGAAAUAAGGUUUUUCCAUUUUAAAAAUAGGUCUGUGGAGCUGCACACUCAAAGCAGCUUCCUCCCCAGAUAUUUAUUUAGAAUUAUAAUUAAUGUAUUUAAAAUUGACAAUGUUCUAUAUAUCUAAGAUAACCAUAAUUUAAUAAUUUGCAAGUUCCAUUGACACUGGAGAUGUGGACUGAACAUUAGAUUGAUGACAAUUUUAUUUUUAAAGGGCAAUUUCUCUUCCUAUCUGUCCUUCUCUUUUCCACUCUGUUCCCAUGGUUUCUUUAUUAAAAAAUCUGUACAUUUAAAUUUAUUAUGGGAUGUUGUGUCUCCAUCUUGUAAAUAUUUUCUGCCCUGUAUAUUGGUGGUAUUUCCAGAUUGAUUUGUUUAAUUCUGUGGGGUAAUGAAAUAAACAUUAAAUGAA